CUAGUCGGAAGCAGCCGAAAGGGGCCCAGCAGCCUCGACUCAUCGAAAGCAAUCAGCCGGGAAACGAAGGAGAUAAAUCAUUCCGCGCUGCUAAGUAAUCUAGCAGCCAGCUGCUAGAACCCGCGUUGGAAUCGGAGCGUCCGCGUCGCCUCCAGUCUUCGGAAUUCCGCGAACUACGCGGCCCAUCGUGGCCCUUUAAACCAUGGGCCUAGAGUCGGUGGUGCCAGCGGCGGCCGCUCCGCUGGUUCGUCUGCAGCUCGUAACCCGCUCUUCCUGAGCGGAACACCCCACCGGGUUCGUCGGCUCGUUGCGGGGAAACAGGGUUCAUUACCGAGACCGUUGCACGCGCGCGCGGGCGCGGCGACGCUCGCGUGCAGUCGUCCUUGGUUGGUGCUACAGCGUUAGGCGCCCCCCCCCCUUCUCUUCGCGUUUGCCUCAGCGCUUCAGUGCGCUGCGGGUCGAGCUACACAGUAUGUGCGACCUGAUCGGAGCGUCAAGCUUGCUCCACAUCGGGGACAUAGUCUCUCUCUACGCCGAGGGAAGCGUCUCGGGCUUUUUGUGCACUCUGGGCUUGGUAGAUGACCGAUGCGUGGUGCAACCAGAGGCCGGAGACUUGGCCAACCCGCCCAAGAAAUUCAGAGACUGCCUCUUCAAGAUGUGUCCCAUGAACCGGUACUCGGCACAGAAGCAGUUCUGGAAGGCGGCCAGGCAGAGUGCGACCAGCGCCACCGACGCUGUGCUUCUCAAGAAACUUCACCAUGCGGCCGAGCUGGAGAAGAAGCAAAACGAGAACGAGAAGCGCAAGCUGGUCGGAGAGGUAGUACAGUACGGCGGUGUCGUCCAGCUGCUCCACGUCAAGAGCAACAAGUAUCUGACUGUGAACAAGCGGCUGCCGGCCUUGCUCGAGAAGAACGCCAUGCGCGUGUCUCUCGACGCUAACGGCAACGAGGGCUCCUGGUUCUACGUGGUGCCUUUCUACAAGCUGCGCUCUACGGGCGACAAUGUGGUGGUGGGAGACAAGGUGGUGCUGACGCCGGUCAACGCUGGUCAGCCCCUGCAUGCAAGCAGCCAAGAGCUGCCGGACAAUCCGGGCUGCAAGGAGGUCAACGCCGUCAGCUCCAACACCAACUGGAAGAUCUCCCUCUUCAUGGAAUACAAGGAGAACGUCGACGAUGUGCUCAAAGGGGGCGACGUGGUUCGGCUGUUCCAUGCGGAGCAGGAGAAGUUCCUCACGAUGGAUGAAUACCGCAAGAAGCAGUACGUGUUCCUGCGGUCUACGGGGCGCACUACGGCCACGGCGGCCACCAGCUCCAAGGCGCUGUGGGAAGUGGAGGUGGUGCAACAUGACCCGUGCCGGGGCGGGGCGGGCCACUGGAACAGCCUGUUCCGGCUCAAGCACCUGGCCACGGGACAGUACCUGGCUGCCGAGGUAGACGAGGACCCCAGCCCGGACCCCACGCGCGCCAAGCUGCGGGGUCCCCCCGGGAGCCCCGUCUACUGCCUGGUGGCAGUGCCCCAGAGCAGCGAUAUUGCCUCCAUCUUCGAGCUGGACGCGACCACGCUGUCGCGCGCCGACGACCUGGUGCCCCAGUCGUCGUACGUGCGCCUGCGCCACCUGUGCACCAACACGUGGGUACACAGCACGGCGAUCCCCAUCGACCGGGACGAGGAGCGGCCCGUCAUGUGGCGCCUGGGCUGCGCCGCCGCCAAGGAGGACCGGGAGGCCUUCGCAGUGGUGCCCGUGUCGGCAUCGGAGGUGCGUGACUUGGACUUUGCCAACGACGCGUGCCGCGUGCUGCAGCUGCUGGCUGGCACACUGGAGGGCACCCGGGCGGGCUCCACGGAGCGGCGGCUCCUGCUCCAGCUGCUUCACGAGGUGGUCUACUUCACGGCCAACCGGGAGGGGGACCCCAACAAGCCGGACCCCCUGGAGCUCGUGGUGACGCGGCCGCACCGGGAGCGGCAGAAGCUCUUGCGCGAGCAGAACGUGCUGCGCCAGCUGUUCCAGAUCCUGCAGGCCCCUUUCACGGACAAUGGCCAGGGGCCCCUGCUGCGCAUGGAGGACCUGGCAGACCCCCGCUACGCGCCCUACAAGCACAUGUGCCGCCUGUGCUACCGCAUCCUCCGCCUUUCUCAGCAGGACUACCGCAAGAACCAGGAGUACAUCGCCAAGUGGUUCGGAUUCAUGCAGAAGCAGAUAGGCUACGAUGUCCUGGCGGAGGACACCAUCACGGCCCUGCUGCACAGCAACCGGAAGCUGCUCGAGAAGCACAUCACAGCCGCCGAGAUCGAGACGUUUGUGAGCCUGGUGCGCAAGAACCGGGAGAGCCGCUUCCUCGACUACCUAUCGGACCUGUGCAUCUCCAACAAGAUGGCCAUCCCCGUCACCCAGGAGCUCAUCUGCAAGGCGGUCCUGUCGCCCCACAACGCGGACAUCCUCAUAGAGACCAGGCUGGUGCGGAGCCAAGUGGAACUGGAGAUGGAGGGCGGCCCGCCUGCACUUGCCGAAGAAGAGCAGGUGCUCCUGCUCUGGGACGGCGGCCGCCAGGCACAGGGCAUCGUCGAGCUGGCACAGGCCAGUGACUGCCAGGCCUCUCGUGCCACCCUUGAUUACUACCGGCACCAACUGGACCUCUUCUCUGGGAUGUCCCUGGACAGGCAGUACUUGGCCAUCAACAGCCUGUCGCCACACCUACACAUUGAGCUGAUUCACAAGUGCAUGGCGGACGAAAACCUGCCGUACGAUUUGCGAGCCGCCUUCUGCCGGCUGAUGCUACACAUGCACGUGGACCGUGAUCCCCAGGAGCUGAUCACACCUGUCAAAUACGCCCGCCUGUGGUCGGAAAUUCCGGAGCACCUCUCAAUCCAUGACUACGACGCCAACCGGCACCCGGAUCUGAGCAAAGAGGCCGUGCAGCGCAAGUUCAAGCCCACUAUAACCUUCGUUGAAGACUACCUGUGCAACGUCGUGGGUCACGUCUGGUCCUUUGCUGACCGAGAGCAGAACAAGCUCACCUACGAGGUGGUCAAGUUGGCACGAGAGCUGAUCUACUUUGGCUUCUACAGCUUCAGCGAUCUGCUGAGGCUCACCAAGACGCUCCUCAACAUCCUGGACUGCGUUCCCGAGGCGGCCAUUGCCAACGCUCAGGGCACUGUGCUCAAGUCUCUGGGCGACGUCGGCACGGUGGUGACGAACAUGGUACUUGGAUCAACGACGCUCACCAAGACGCCCGCGCCGGCACCUCGCAAGGGCCCCGCGGAGGACACUUUGGUCAUGGACACAAAACUCAAGAUCAUCGAGAUCCUGCAGUUCAUCCUCAAUGUGCGGCUCGACUACCGCAUCACGGGACUGCUGACCAUCUUCAAGCGGGAGUUUGACGAGAGCCACGAGAAAGCGGAUGAAACGCUCAUCGUUGGCGACAAAGGCAUCGACAUGGAGCGCAUUGGCCGAGAGGCGGAGGCCAUCUUUGGUGGCACCGAGGACUUGGGUGACGUGGACCUAGACGGCGAGGGCGGCCGAACGUUCCUCCGUGUGCUCCUGCACUUGACGAUGCAUGACUACCCUCCCCUGGUGUCCGGAGCCCUGCAUUUGCUUUUCAAGCACUUCACGCAGAGGCAAGAGGUGCUGCAGGCAUUCAGGCAGGUGCAGCUCCUCGUGUCUGCCAGCGAUGUCGAAAACUACAAGCAGAUCAAGGCUGACCUGGACAAGCUGCGCAACCUGGUUGAAAAGUCUGAGCUCUGGGUCUUCAAGGCACGGGAAGAAGACCCAGACCAGGAGACGGACAUGGACAAGCGUCUGAUCCUGCGGGGAGACUCCCUGCGGCCCGAGCUGGUGCCAGCCAAAGAGGCGGGGGAGCUUGAGGCGUCACUGAGCCCAACCAGGGCCGACAAUUACGUCACCAUCCGUCAGAUCCUGGAGCGACUCACGCGGCUGUGCUACCAGACGGGGCCCGGAGGUGCCAAGCGUCAGCGGAAGCACGAGCAGCGACUGCUGCGCAACAUGGGGGCACACGCCGUGGUGCUGCAGCUGCUGCAGAUUCCCUAUGACAGGAAGGAAGACUUGCGCAUGAAUGAGGUGAUGCGGCUGGCGCACGACUUCCUGCAGCACUUCUGCCUCGGCAAUCAUCAGAAUCAGGGCUUGCUUCACAAGCACAUCGACCUCUUCCUUACACCAGGGCUGUUGGAGGCACAGACAUUGUGCAGCGUCUUCAAGGACAACGUGGCCUUGUGUAGUGAAGUGACAGAGCGAGUGAUCCAGCACUUUGUGCACUGCAUCGAGACCCAUGGGCGGCAGGUGCAGUACCUGCAGUUUCUGCAGACAGUGGUGAAGGCUGAGGGACAGUACAUCCGCAAGUGUCAGGACAUGGUGAUGCAAGAGCUGGUGGGUGCCGGCGAGGAGGCGCUGGUGCUGUACAACGACAAGGGCUCGUGGGGCCAGCUGGUGGAGCUGAUGCGGUCGGAGCGCCAGCGGCUGGACCCCGGCGGCCCCCUGCGCUACCACGUGGACCUGGUGCGGCUGCUGGCCUGCUGCACGGAGGGCAAGAACGUCUUCACCGAGAUCAAGUGCCACUCACUCCUCUCCCUGGACGACAUCUGCCGGGUGGUGUCCCACCCGGACUGCUUGCCUGAGGUCAAGGAGGCCUAUAUCAACUUCCUCUCGCACUGCUUCAUCGACACGGAGGUAGAGAUGAAGGAGAUCUACGCAUCCCACCACAUUUGGACGCUGUUCGACAACUUCCUCGUCGACGUGGCCAUGGUGUGCAAUGCCACCCACGACCGGCGGCAUGCGGACCAGCUGCUGGAGGGCUACGUGACCAACUCGGUGAUGAACAUCAUCACCACCUUCUUCAACUCUCCCUUCUCAGAGCAGAGCGCCACCGUGCAGACACACCAGCCAGUAUUUGUGAGGCUCCUGCAGGCGGCCUUUCGUUUGUCCACCUGCACCUGGCUGAACCUGCAGCAGCGGAUGAACGUCGAAGGCUGCAUCCGUACCCUGGCGGAAAUCGCGAAGACCCGCGGCAUCGCCAUCCCCGUCGACCUGGAGACCCAAGUGGGCAACAUGUUCGACAAGAGUGCCCUCAUCAGCAAGCACACCCGGGCCUGGCUGUCGUCGGCCAGGGCCCCCAAGCGGGAGGCGGAGCCAACCCCGCCCCGCCUCAGCGAGCCGCGGGCGCACCCUGGGGACCGCACGGUCAUUGAGGUGCUCCAGGAGCUGGUAUUACUGCUGGAGGAACAGCUGCGCCCCCUGGUGCAGAGCGAGCUGUCGGUGCUGGUGGACGUGCUGCACCAGCCCCAGCUGCUCUUCCCGUCACGGCCGCAGGCCCAGGCCAAGUGCGCCUCCUUUGUCUCCAAGCUGGUCCAGCACACCCAGCGGCUGCUGCAGGAGCGCGAAGAGGGGCUCUGCGUGCGUGUGCUCCAGACCCUGCGGCAGAUGAUGUCGGACUGCGAGCACAGCGAGAAGGGGGAGGCCCUGCGGCAGAGCCUGCUGGUGCGCUACCUGGGGCGGCAGCCCCCAACCAAGCGGGGGGGCUCCUCGGGCCCCGAAGUGGCCCCGGGGGUUUUCCCUCCGAGGCCCCAUAGCCCCCUGAUGGAGGUGCAGUGCCAGCUGGACCGAGAGGGUGCCUCAGACCUUGUGGUGGACCUCAUCAUGAUGAGUCCCAACCUGUCCAUCUUCCUCGAGAGUGUCGAACUGGGCAUCGCCCUGCUGCGGGGCGGAAACCCCGUCAUACAGAGGUCGAUCCAUGCCAAGCUGACUUCAGGCAGCAAUGCCGAGAAGUUCUUCAGGGUCUUCUAUGAGAAGCUGAAGGCGGCCCAGCAGGAGAUAAAGUCGACGGUGACGGUCAGCACCUCGGACAUGGCCGCCCGAGCGACCUCCGAGGAGAAGGACCUGGGCCGCAAGGACACCCUGCGAGAGAACCGCGGUCGGCCCAGGGGCAGCAAGGGCUGUCUUCUGGUGUCGGAAGAACUGCGGGCACAACUGGAGGAUGCGGCCCAGGUGACGGGCAAAGCAUACGCCCAUGUGCGUUCUACCGUUGGGGGGCUGAGCAGCGAUCCGGCGAGUGGCAGCCCCGUGUCACCGAGCGAGGAGGGAGAGAAGCCCCAGGAGCCCCGGCUGGCCGCCGAGGUCCUGGUGAUGCUGCCUGUGCUGCGCUUCCUGCAGCUGCUCUGCGAGAACCACAACCGAAGCCUGCAGGACUUCCUGCGGAACCAGUGCAAUAAGAACAACUACAACUUGGUGUCCGAAACGCUGCUGUUCCUGGACUGCCUCUGUGGAAGUACCACGGGUGGCCUGGGCCUACUGGGUCUGUACAUAAACGAGCACAACGUCGACCUUGUGAACCAGACGUUGGAAACCCUGACGGAAUACUGCCAAGGACCCUGCCAUGAGAACCAGAACUGCAUUGCCAUGCACGAGAGCAAUGGGAUCGACAUCAUCAUUGCCCUUGUGCUCAAUGAUAUCAACCCCUUGGGGAAGAAGCGCAUGGAUCUGGUGCUUGAACUCAAGAACAACGCAAGCAAGCUGCUGCUGGCCAUCAUGGAGAGCCGGGGGGACAGUGAGAAUGCGGAGCGCAUCCUGUUCAACAUGAGUCCCCGGCAGCUGGUGGAGGUGGCCUGCAAUGCCUACCACCAGGACGAGGAGGACGACGAGGAGGAAGAAGAGGAGGAGGGGAGGGAGGGCCCGGACGGGGGUGUGGGCGUGUCCCCAAAGGAGGUGGGCCACAACAUCUACAUCCUCUGCCACCAGCUGGCCCAGCACAACCGGGACCUGGCCGCCCUGCUCAAGCCCCAUGAGAGCCCAGACUGCAAGACGGCCCAGGCCCUCCAGUACUACGCCUCACACACGGCCCAGAUUGAGAUUGUGCGACACGACCGCACCAUGGAGCAGAUAGUGUUCCCAGUGCCCCAGAUCUGCGAGUUCCUCACGCGCGAGACCAAGGUGAAGGUGUACAACACCACGGAGCGAGAUGAACAAAGCAGUAAGGUAUCGGACUUCUUCGAGCGCACAGAGGACCUCUUCAACGAAAUGAAAUGGCAAAAGAAGCUGCGAGGACAACCUGUGCUCUACUGGGUGAGCCGGCACAUGUCCACCUGGAGCACGGUGGCCUUCAACCUAGCUGUCCUCAUCAACGUCAUAGUGGCCAUCUUUUACCCGUUUGCAGAUGCCAAAGAACUGGAUCCCCGGCUGUCCGGUCUGAGCUGGGCACUGAUGUUGGUGUCCCUCGCCGGGGUGGUCCUGGCUCCGCGGCCGUCAUCCAUUCGGGCCUUGUCCUGCGCCUGCAUCCUGAGACUCAUGUCCUGGCUUGGUUUGCAGCCGACCCUGUGGCUGCUGGGCACGGUGAAUGUCGCCAUAAGCACUGUGCACCUGGUGAGCAUAGUGGGAAACCACGGGACCUUUGCGCGCAGCCUGGGCCACAUGCUGUCGGACAUGGAGCUGCUGUACCAUGUCAGCUACCUCACGGUGUGCGUGCUGGGCCUGGUGGGCCACCCGCUCUUCUACAGCGUGCUGCUCCUUGACGUGCUGUACCAGGAAGAGACCCUGCUCAACGUGAUCAAAUCGGUGACACGCAACGGCCGCUCCAUCAUCCUCACGGCCGUGCUGGCCCUCAUCCUCGUCUACCUAUUCUCCAUUGUCGCUUUCCUCUUCUUCCGGGACGACUUCCUCAUCCAGGUCGACAGCAGCACUUCGCGCACCACCACCGCUGCCGACGUGCCCCACGCUGACCCAAACUACUUGGAAGGUUUCUGCAAGGCGGCGAACGGCGGACAGGAGCCGUGCCCGCAAGAGGCUCUCACCACAGGAGCGGACGAUGGGGAUUCCGGCGACGACACGGUGGGAGAGCGCGCCUGCGACUCCCUGGUGAUGUGCAUCGUUACCACCCUCAACCACGGCCUGCGCAACGGCGGCGGCAUCGGAGACGUCCUGCGGCCACCCAGCUCCAAGGAACCGCUCUACUUUGCCCGUGUGGUGUACGACCUGCUGUUCUUCUUUGUGGUCAUCAUCAUCGUGCUGAACCUCAUCUUUGGCGUCAUCAUCGACACGUUCGCCGACCUGCGUAGCGAGAAGCAACAGAAGGACGAGACGCUGCGCAACACAUGCUUUAUUUGCGGCCUGGACCGGUCGGCCUUCGACAACAAGAGCGUGUCGUUUGAGGAGCACAUCCGGUGCGAGCACAACCUCUGGCACUACCUGUACUUCAUAGUGCUGGUGCGGGUCAAGGACCCGACGGAGUUCACGGGCCCCGAGAGCUACGUGGACACGAUGAUCAAGGUAGGAGCGCGCGUCUGGUGGUGGGCGAGGAGCCAGGGGCUGCGACAGCCCCUCCCGGGGGCGCCCCCUGCAGGAAAAGAACCUCGAGUGGUUCCCUCGCAUGCGGGCCAUGUCCCUAGCUGCGGACGAGGCCGAGUCCGAGCAGAACGAGAUGCGGACCCUGCAGAGCCAGCUCGAAGAAACUCAGCGACUGGUGGCCACCCUCUCUCGCCAGCUGGCCGACCUGAGGGAUCAGAUGACGGAACAGCGCAAGCAGAAGCAGCGGCUGGGACUGUUGGCACACCCCAGUUCAGCACCCCUGGCCGCCAGCCUUUCCAUACACUGAUGCCACUCCCACGAGGGGGACCGUCUUCCAAGAGCAAACUUCCUCCUUCCGAAGGUCACAGUUAGCACUGCCUCCCUUUGUCACAAUGGACCGUAGGCACAUGUUCGGAGGCGUCCAGAGGGGUGGGCGACGUCACCACUGUUGCGGCGCCCCCUUCCCCCCUGUGGGCACACUCUUCGUCAUUUGCAACGCUGCCAGCCACGGCUUCAUUCAGCACGGCACGACUCACUCGGCACCAGACGAACUGCGCCGCCUACAGGCGCGGCUUCUGGAGACGACCGACAGCCACUGCUGGAGUAAAAUAAAUGGCACCUUUUUGAUAGUUUAA